AUGCAGGUACUCAAGCGCGGUGAGCGCGCUGGCAAGGCGCCAUCACUGCGUCGCGUCGGCUCCCAGAUCGAAAGCCCGCGCACUUCUUCCGAGCACAUCAUCUUCGGCGAGCGCUUCACCACUCCCGUGCGGCCGGGAAGCGCGCACGACAAGACGCGAGAUGGCAUUCUCGAAGCAUGGGGCGAACAGCACCCACAGCCAAGCUCGCCUACGCGGCCGCCAAGCAUCCGCCGGCGGCAAAGUCUCAAGCUGAUGGACCUCGAACAGAAGGUCGAGUUGCUCGGCGUCGAAAACGGCACACUGGUGCACGAAAAGGCCAACCUGGAGAAAUCGCUGGCCAAGACGCGCACCGAUCAACAGGAAGCGACAGCCGCGCUGGCUGAGAAGCUCCAGUCUGCCGACCAGGUCCUUGCCGACAAGAAUGCCGAGAUCGACGAGCUCAACAAGAAGCUGGCCUGGUAUCAGGAGGAAAUGCUCCGUCUUCAAGGCCACAACGCCUCACUUACCCAGCUGCAAGCCGCGUACAAACUCAGCCAUGCUAGCAUCUCGUCUCGCUACGACAAGAAGUCGCAGAAGAUGUUGGAGCUUACCAACGAGCACACAGAGCUGCUGGCAAAAUACAAGUUAUUGGAGGACAAAAGCCAGCAAAGCCAGGCCGUCACCGACGAGAUCCUGGCAAAGGAUGCUGAACUCCAGUUGCUCCGUAGCGAGCUGCAAAAGGCCCGUGAUGAGGUGCGCUCACUCGAGCGCAAGGUCAUGGCUCGGCAGAGCAACCGCUACCUCGACAUCAAAGAUCCGUCGCACUUUGCCGACAGCGCCAACAUCCUCUUCCAGGAGGCUCAGAAGUGGAGCGAGGCUUUCUCGCACUUUUCACUCGGACGCCGCUGCAUCCAUGUGCACCGCGUCACCGACGAGGAUAUCAAAGAUCGCUUCGAGAAUGUGAUGCUCGACGACCGAGGCGUACGACGCAUGCUCAAGGAUGAGUCCCGGCGUGGCAUUGCCAUCACGGCCAUCAUGAUGCGCCUCAUCUGGGAAUUUGUUUUUACGCGCUACCUGUUCGGCCUUGAGACCGAGGAGCGCCAAAAGCUGCUGUCCUUGGAACGGACUCUCGCCGAAGUCGGCGCACCCUCGGCCGUGCAUCAAUGGCGCGCAACCACACUCACGCUGCUCUCGCAACGCCAGUCAUUCCGCUCGCUGCUCACAUCCGCCACCGAAGCGACCGUCAACGACAUCAUGAAACACCUCAACUUCCUGCUGCCGCCACCUCCGCAGCACGCCCCCACGGCGAUCAGCACGCUCCGCACCCUGCUCAACCUCGCGGUCAAGCUCGCGCUCGAGAUGCGCACGCAGCGGGCCGAAUACGUCAUGCUGCGCCCUCCCUUCCCGGAAUACGACGACCAGGGCGAAGUCUCCAACACCAUCUACUUCAACGCGGCGCGGAUGAAGGCCGUCAACAGCGACGCCUCGCCAACCGACCUCGAAGCUGAGCACGCCACCAUCAAAUUGGUCCUCUUCCCGCUGAUAAUCCGCCGCGGCAACGAGUUCGGCGAGGACUACGAGCACGAGCACAUAGUCUACCAGAUGCAAGUAGUCGUCACCCGCGCGCAGCUGCGCUCAGAGAGCAGAUGCUCCUCCAUGCGGUCAGUUGCAAGCUCCGUCGGCAGCUCGAUCCAUGGCCACAGCUGGCGCGAUGAUCAGGCCUCAAAGCAGGCGGUCAACAGGCUCACGCCAAUUACCGACCACUCCCCGCGCACGACGCCGGAUCGCAACCGCCGCGAAAGAGAUGAGAGUCCCGGACUCCUGCCAAGGAUUCCCGAGCAGACGAUUAGACUUGUCGACGAUAGCGAUGGCGAGAUGGAUGUUGACGACGAGAGGUUCCGCGACUUUGAUAUGCCGCCGAGGUAUGAGGGUAGUCUGGGGAAGAAGAGAAGGAUCAGUGGGAGUGGUGAUCGCGUGUAG